ACAAAGCAUUUGAUUAAUGUCCAAGUCACCGCUGUGGCUGCCGGAGCCGCCUCCCCUCCAGCCCGGGCCGCGUGAGGCCGGAGCCGUGGGGCCGGGCGCGCAGGUCCCGGGCCGGCGCCCCCUCUCCCGGGAGUUGUCUCCUCAAAGCCUCGCGCCUCCCGCGCCGGAGUUCCAGCGGGCGCCCUCCCCUCUCCUACCAUCCCAGACUCUCCCCAGCAUGUAAAGUCGCCCGUACCUCCUCGGACUUCUCGGAGGCGCAGCAACUUUUCCUUUCUGGCCGCGCGGGGCCGUACACCAGCCGGCGCGCGGGGCAGCGCGCAGCGCAGCAGCCCCGCAGCCCCGCGUCCCGCCGCCCACCAUGAGCGACGAGAGCCGCGGGGACGGCCGCGCGGAGAGCGCCAAGGACCUGGAGAAACAGCUUCGCCUGCGCGUGUGCGUGCUCAGCGAGCUGCAGAAGACCGAGCGGGACUAUGUGGGCACGCUGGAGUUCCUGGUGUCGGCGUUCUUACACCGGAUGAACCAGUGCGCCGCAUCAAAAAUUGACAAAAAUGUAACAGAAGAAACAGUGAAGAUGCUGUUCUCAAACAUUGAAGAUAUCCUUGCAGUACAUAAGGAAUUUUUAAAAGUCGUGGAAGAAUGCCUACAUCCAGAACCUAAUGCUCAGCAAGAAGUGGGAACCUGCUUUCUUCACUUUAAAGACAAGUUUCGUAUCUAUGAUGAAUACUGUAGUAACCAUGAGAAGGCCCAAAAAUUGCUUCUUGAACUUAACAAAAUAAGAACAAUCCGCACAUUUCUUUUGAACUGUAUGCUACUCGGAGGACGGAAGAACACAGAUGUUCCCCUGGAAGGAUAUUUAGUAACACCAAUACAAAGAAUUUGCAAGUAUCCUCUCCUUUUGAAGGAGUUGCUGAAGCGGACUCCAAGGAAACACAGUGACUACGCAGCAGUAAUGGAAGCCCUCCAAGCCAUGAAAGCCGUCUGUUCCAACAUAAACGAGGCCAAGAGGCAGAUGGAGAAGUUAGAAGUUUUGGAGGAGUGGCAGUCUCACAUUGAAGGCUGGGAGGGAUCCAACAUUACCGAUACCUGCACUGAAAUGCUAAUGUGUGGAGUCUUACUGAAAAUCUCUUCUGGAAAUAUUCAAGAACGGGUGUUUUUUCUUUUCGAUAAUCUUUUGGUGUAUUGCAAAAGAAAACACAGACGGUUGAAGAAUAGCAAGGCAUCUACAGAUGGACAUCGGUACCUUUUUCGUGGCCGAAUCAAUACAGAGGUGAUGGAAGUGGAGAACGUGGACGAUGGCACAGCUGAUUUCCAUAGUAGUGGACACAUUGUUAUCAAUGGAUGGAAAAUACAUAACACAGCAAAAAAUAAAUGGUUCGUGUGCAUGGCAAAAACACCUGAAGAGAAGCACGAAUGGUUUGAAGCUAUUUUGAAAGAAAGAGAACGGAGAAAAGGUUUAAAAUUAGGAAUGGAGCAAGACACCUGGGUAAUGAUCUCCGAACAGGGUGAGAAACUUUAUAAGAUGAUGUGCAAACAAGGAAAUCUGAUCAAAGACAGGAAAAGAAAACUGACCACGUUCCCUAAAUGCUUCCUUGGAAGUGAAUUUGUGUCAUGGCUGUUGGAAAUUGGAGAGAUUCACAGGCCUGAGGAAGGGGUUCACUUAGGACAAGCAUUGUUAGAAAAUGGAAUCAUCCACCAUGUUACUGAUAAGCAUCAAUUCAAGCCAGAACAGAUGUUAUAUAGAUUUCGCUAUGAUGAUGGAACAUUUUAUCCAAGAAAUGAGAUGCAGGAUGUGAUUUCAAAGGGAGUGAGAUUAUAUUGCCGUCUCCAUAGUCUGUUUACUCCAGUGAUAAGAGAUAAAGACUACCAUUUAAGAACCUACAAAUCUGUAGUCAUGGCCAACAAACUGAUAGACUGGUUAAUUGCACAGGGGGAUUGCCGUACCAGAGAAGAGGCAAUGAUAUUUGGUGUCGGACUCUGUGACAAUGGAUUUAUGCACCAUGUCCUUGAGAAAAGUGAAUUCAAAGAUGAACCCCUACUUUUUCGUUUUUUUGCGGAUGAGGAAAUGGAAGGAUCAAAUAUGAAGCACCGACUUAUGAAACAUGAUUUAAAAGUAGUGGAAAAUGUUAUAGCCAAAUCAUUAUUGAUUAAAUCCAAUGAAGGCAGCUAUGGUUUUGGGUUAGAAGACAAAAAUAAAGUUCCAAUAAUAAAGUUGGUAGAAAAGGGGUCUAAUGCUGAGAUGGCUGGCAUGGAAGUUGGGAAAAAGAUUUUUGCUAUUAAUGGUGACCUAGUUUUUAUGAGACCUUUCAAUGAAGUGGACUGCUUCCUGAAAUCGUGCUUAAACAGCAGAAAGCCACUAAGAGUUCUUGUGAGCACAAAGCCAAGGGAGACAGUGAAGAUCCCAGAUUCAGCUGAGGGACUUGGAUUCCAGAUCCGAGGAUAUGGCCCAUCGGUUGUACAUGCAGUAGGAAGAGGGACUGUGGCUGCAGCCGCUGGUCUUCACCCUGGACAGUGUAUUAUCAAAGUAAAUGGUAUCAAUGUCAGCAAGGAGACACAUGCCAGUGUCAUUGCACAUGUCACAGCCUGCAGGAAAUACAGGAGACCAGUGAAGCAAGACUCCAUACAAUGGGUGUAUAAUAGCAUUGAGAGUGCUCAAGAAGACCUUCAAAAGGCUAACUCUAAACCCCCAGGAGAUGAAGUAGGGGAUGCAUUUGACUGCAAAGUAGAAGAGGUGAUUGACAAGUUUAACACCAUGGCCAUCAUCGACGGGAAGAAGGAGCACGUGAGCCUGACUGUGGAUAACGUCCACCUGGAAUAUGGUGUUGUGUAUGAGUAUGACAGCACAGCCGGGAUCAAGUGCAAUGUGGUGGAGAAGAUGAUUGAGCCCAAAGGUUUCUUCAGCCUCACUGCCAAGAUUCUUGAAGCCCUGGCUAAAAGUGAUGAUCAUUUUGUGCAAAACUGCACCAGCCUUAACUCUUUAAAUGAAGUGAUUCCUACUGACCUUCAUAAUAAAUUCAGUGCCUUUUGCAGUGAAAAAAUUGAGCACAUAUGUCAGAGAAUAUCCAGUUAUAAAAAGUUUUCACGGGUACUGAAGAAUAGAGCCUGGCCCACCUUUAAACAGGCCAAAUCUAAAAUUUCCCCAUUACACAGCAGUGAUUUCUGCCCUACCAACUGCCAUGUCAACAUAAUGGAAGUUUCCUAUCCCAAAACAUCAACCUCCCUGGGGAGUGCAUUCGGUGUUCAGCUGGAUAGUAGGAAGCAUAAUUCUCUUGAUAAAGAAAAUAAAUCUGAGCAAGGGAAACUGAGCCCUAUGGUGUACAUUCAACACACAAUCACAACAAUGGCAGCCCCUUCAGGUCUGUCUCUGGGACAGCAGGAUGGACAUGGGCUCCGAUAUUUGUUAAAAGAGGAAGACCUAGAAACUCAAGAUAUUUAUCAGAAACUGUUGGGCAAACUUCAGACUGCACUGAAAGAGGUGGAGAUGUGUGUUUGUCAAAUUGAUGACCUUCUGUCUUCCAUAACAUAUUCUCCUAAAUUAGAACGUAAGACAUCAGAGUGCACAGGACCAACAGACAGUGACAACGAGAAGGGAGAAAGAAAUAGCAAACGAGUCUGUUUUAAUAUGGCGGGAGAUGAGCAGGAAGAUUCAGGUCAUGACACCAUCAGCAACAGAGACUCUUACAGCGACUGCAACAGCAACAGGAACUCUAUCGCGUCCUUCACCAGCAUCUGCAGCAGCCAGUGCAGCUCGUACCUCCACAGCGACGAGAUGGACUCAGGUGAUGAGCUUCCCCUCAGUGUUCGCAUUUCUCACGAUAAACAGGACAAGAUACAUAGUUGUCUCGAGCAUCUUUUCAGCCAGGUGGAUUCGAUUACCAAUCUCCUAAAAGGGCAAGCUGUUGUAAGGGCCUUUGAGCAAACCAAGUACCUCACACCAGGGCAAGGAUUACAAGAAUUUCAGCAGGAAAUGGAACCAAAGCUGAGUUGUCCAAAAAGGUUAAGGCUUCACAUCAAGCAAGACCCUUGGAAUCUUCCCAGCAGUGUCCGGAAUCUUGCUCAGAACAUCAGAAAAUUUGUUGAAGAGGUGAAGUGUAGGAUACUCCUGGCUCUUCUUGAAUAUUCAGACAGUGAGACACAGCUCCGAAGAGACAUGGUUUUCUGCCAGAGUCUUGUGGCCACAGUCUGUGCCUUCUCUGAGCAGCUUAUGGCAGCCUUAAACCAGAUGUUUGACAACAGCAAAGACAACGAGAUGGACACCGGAGAGGCCAGCAGAAGGUGGCUGGACCAGAUAGCGAAUGCAGGUGUUCUUUUUCACUUUCAGUCGCUCCUGUCACCAAACUUGACAGAUGAACAAGCCAUGUUAGAAGAUACACUGGUUGCACUAUUUGAUUUGGAAAAAGUUUCUUUUUACUUUAAACCAUCAGAAGAGGAGCCACUGGUUGCAAAUGUUCCUCUUACAUAUCAAGCGGAAGGAAGUCGGCAGGCUCUGAAAGUUUACUUCUACAUUGAUAGUUAUCAUUUUGAACAGCUGCCUCAACGUUUGAAAAAUGGAGGAGGGUUUAAAAUUCAUCCUGUUCUUUUUGCACAAGCACUGGAGAGCAUGGAAGGGUAUUAUUAUAGAGACAAUGUUUCGGUGGAAGAAUUUCAAGCCCAGAUAAAUGCAGCCUCAUUGGAAAAAGUCAAACAAUAUAACCAGAAACUCAGGGCGUUCUACUUGGACAAGUCAAAUUCACCACCUAACUCCACAUCCAAAGCUGCCUAUGUAGAUAAGCUAAUGAGACCUCUCAAUGCUUUGGAUGAACUUUAUCGACUGGUAGCCUCGUUUAUCAGAUCCAAGCGCACGGCCGCCUGUGCAAACACAGCUUGCAGCGCCUCCGGGGUCGGUCUGCUGUCCGUGUCCUCGGAGCUGUGCAACAGGCUGGGGGCCUGCCACAUCAUCAUGUGCAACAGUGGCGUGCACAGGUGCACCCUGAGCGUGACACUGGAGCAGGCCAUCAUUCUGGCCAGAAGCCAUGGACUGCCUCCUCGCUACAUCAUGCAGGCUACAGAUGUGAUGCGGAAGCAGGGAGCAAGAGUUCAGAACACAGCAAAGAAUUUGGGAAUCAGAGACAGAACCCCACAGUCUGCUCCAAGGCUGUACAAGCUGUGCGAGCCGCCUCCCCCUGUUGGAGAAGAAUGAGGAGAAUCCCCAAGGAACCAGGCAAGCAGAAGCUUCUGAACACUAGACAAAAGACAUGCUGGCUAAACAUUCUUCAUUCAAGAUAAAUAAAUGAAAUUUUUUUCUCUAGCUCCUUCCCCAUGGAGUAAAUAACCAAUGUUCUUCUUGUACGUGGAUACUUGUGCCGGAAAUGGAUGAGAGAUCACUCAGACCAUCUGUAGCUUCACAAACUAAUCUGUCUAUGUAUUGACACUAACUAUUCAUUUUUAGGGUAAAUUUUGUCCUUGGAAUUUAUGAAAAAAAAAACAGGUAAACAAUGAACCAUUGUGCCUCCUCUCCCAUUAGUUAGAAUUAUUUCAUUGUGUUUGUUUUCAUCUUCUCUGAAUGGAAUCAUGUGAUAAUGGAUAUUUCCACUUGAAGAAGUCUUUCACUGAAGAAAGAUGGACACACUUUUCAAAUCCUCAUACAGAAAUGUUACAGACCACAUAGACUGGGUGUUAUUGUAGGCAUUCGGUCCCCUACCUGCAUCAGAGAAAGUAUGAUUUGUGAAUGGUGAAGAGCAUGCUUGACUCUUUUUCCUACGGGUUUAUUUCUCAGUAACAGAGAAGAGAGCUGAAUGAGGCUUCUACCAAGACUUUCUUCCCACUGCUUGUGGUGGGAAGCACUGCUUGGUGCUCGUGGACAGUUCCAGCAAGUGGGUGCUGUCAUUGGUCUCUGAAAUGGCAUGGCUUCCUAGGGCCACGUGUACUGGUGCUGUGCCACAGGUGGCCAGGGGGUGGAGAGGGGUGGAGUGGGGUGGAGAUCAGGGAGGUACGGGAGGGGAGAGCGGGGUAAAGGAGGAAAUUUAAGUCCAUUUAAAAAGUCAAAUUUUAACUUAGAAAGAUACCUAAAAUUCUUACUUUUAUUAAGACUUCCAUAUGAGAUGUGAGACUCUGAAGAGAAUACACCGUGCUGAGUAUUUUUCUAUCAAGGUAUGUGUACAACAGUGAAAAUAAAGCAUUAUUUGUUGAACUGCACAAGGACUAUUAGAGACCUUGAUAAUGUAUGGAAGCACAAGGUGUAUUCUAUUUUCAUUCUAAAAUACACGUCAUUUUUAUCAUUUCUAUGUUGAUUAAAUAAUAUUGUUUUUUAGUGUAAUGAAUACAGUAAUAUUGAUUUUGAAUCUAUAAUUCUCAAAACAGUUAAAAUGCCCUUCCUGUGAUUGUGAUGAGUAUAUGGAUUUGGACUAAUUUAGUAUGUGAAAUGCUUUUCAUAACUAAGGUAUAUACAGAUGAUUAUUACAUUUUAAUUUAUGAAAUUUGAUAAUGAUUUUCAGAUGAUCAUUAAAAAUCUUCACUGCCAUCAGUUGUGUAUUGAAUAACAAAAAUUCUGUGUUAUACAUAUACCAGUUAUUCAUACACUGGUCAAGCUGAUAAAAAUUGUUCUUUGGCACAGAAGCACUUAAAAUUUUUGCAAUAAGUCCUUAUAUAUAAUAAGAGAUAAACUCAAAGUUUUCAAAGGAAACGUUGAACACUUUGAAUUUAAUGAAGAUAUUACCUUAACACAAAUACCUAUAUUAAGUAUAUCUUAACUUUCAGGGAUUUAACAUUCUUGAUAUUAUUAUCAACUGAUCCUGAAGGUCCAUGACAUUAGUAUUUUGCGAUUUUCCUGUACUGAAAAAUUGAUUACUUUCACUGUGGCUAAUGAGUGAGCAAAACUGAUCAACUAGAAGUAUUUUUCAUAUUGUCUUUACUGUUUUCUAGUCACCAUCCUAGAAGCCUUAUUUCUCAUUAGAAGGAUGAAGGGGUCACUUCAACACUUCAGUCAUACUUUGCUAUGUUUCAUGGAGGAAAUUAUCUGCAAUUAUAGUAUGUAUAAAAUAGCAUAUUUUUAAGGGUCUAUUCUCUAUAUAGUAGGAUGUGCUUAAUAUUUUAAGGGUUAAAUGUAGUGUAAGUGUACCAACCUUCAGAGUGCUUGGUACUUUUUGAAUGCUCCAAAGUUAGUAAUGAUUUCUAUUCUCAUCAGUCCCUGUCAUUUUUUAUUACAAUAAAAAUUGUAGCUAACAUUUAAGUAGUUACUAUGUGCCAAGCGGUACCUCCAAGUGCUUUAUCCCAAUUUGUUGUUAUUGUUUCACUAAUCCUCACAAAGACUGGGAUGGUGUCUUUUCAUCAUCCCCAUUUCACAGUUGAGGAACUGAAGCAAAGAAGGGCCCAGUGACUCGUCCAAGACCACAGGACUGACCAGUGACAAAAGUAGGAUUUAAAUCCAGGAAGUCUGCCUUCUUAAUGCAUUACGCUGCUUCUCCAUAUUCACGUAAGAACUGUUGUAAUGUUACCCAUUAUUUGUUAGUAAAGUUGUGACAUGUGUUGCCAUUAAGUUAUACAUUUUAUAUUGAGUAAAAAAUGAAUGGAAACAUAUAAAAUGUCUUUAAUAUGUGAAAAUCAUAAGAUUUCCUAGGCAUUUUACCAUUCUGGAUACACAUUUUGAGGCAACGCAGUGCUGUUGCAAUCUGAAAAAAUAGAUUCCUCAUAAUUGAAGGUAACAAUUUUAGGUAUGUUUUGAAAUUCUGGAAAAGUAUACCAUAUAAAAUUUGACUACGAUUCCAAAACAGUGGUAGCAGUAAAAAAGAAAAUGUCCAAUGAGUGAAUGGAUAAAGAUGAUUUUUCAAUAUCAUAAUUUGCCUCCACGUGACACUGGACACUUAACUGGCCAUGAGUUUUUAGAAUGAAUUUACCUAAAUGCUCGCAUACUCCUCUAGAACUCCUUGAAAUGUUGCUAAAGCCCUACCAACAGCUCUUCCAAGUUCUGAGUUUGGACAUUUGCUUCUCUUCACCUAAAGGGGAAGGUCAUGCAUAGAAAUUUUGGUUCUUAACGUGGGAUCUAAGUCAAAAAUAAUUGCUAACUAGUAAUCCAUAGUCAAUACAUCUUAAAUAUUCCAUGAUAUCUUAUAAAGUUAUCUAAUAUAAAAUAUAACAAAACUUAAUAUAAUGUUAACAGAAUGAGCAAUUUGAAGAGACUAGAAUUUUCCAUCUAUUUCCGUAAUUGUUUAACAAGAAACAAAGAAACAAAGAAGAAUUCCUGUACUAGCUUUACUUCUAUUGGAUAUAUAAAGUUGAAUUUAGGAGGUAAGCUUUAUUUUAUGAACUAAUAUUCUAAUCGUAGAAGUCUCACACUAUGUUCUGUCUCUCUCUCUUUUUUUUUUAAGGUUUAUUUAUUUGUUUCGAGAGAAAGUGAAAGAGAGAGCAAUCAGGAGAGGGGCAGAGAUAGAGGGAGAGAGAAUCCCAAGCAGUCUCU